CGCUGCCGCUGCCGCUGCUGGUGCUGCCGCCGCCUCACCAUCUUCUGUCAAAGGAACUUCCCAGUGGAACCCUACCGUCCGCCGCGUUCGCUCUGUGGAAGGUGGCGCCGAUUGUCCGGGCGCUCGCGCCGAUCCCGGGCUCCACACACGGCGCGCGCGCGCACCCUCACUCCACUCACUCAGAGAGAGGGACACGCUUGCACCCAGUAGGACGAACCACUACCGAAUGAAAAAUACAACCGAGUCAUAAUAUGAACAAUCUAGUUAAUUUUGGAUGAUUGAAAGGGAUUUGGAUCAGCAAAUGAAUGAAGUUCCAUUUGUAUGUCUUCCUCAGCAAUGCAGCAAGUAUUAGACAACCUCAAUGAGUUGCCUAUCUCGACAGGAGCUAAGGAGAUAGAUCUGAUCUUCCUCAAAGGAAUAAUGGAAAGUCCAAUUGUCAGAUCUCUUGCUAAGGCUCAUGAGCGACUUGAAGACACCAAAUUGGAAGCAGUGAGAGAGAAUAAUGUGGACCUUGUAAAGCAGAUUCUUGAAGAGAUCAGCAGCGUAGUCCAUCAAAAUGAGUAUGCGGCAGAGCUAACUAUGAUUCUGAAGGAGCCACACUUUCAGUCACUUUUGGAAGCCCAUGAUUUGGUCGCCUCAAAGUGUUAUGAAACGCCACCCUCAAGCCCCAGUCUGCUAAAUGAUGCCUUCAGUGGCCAGACGGCAUCCGGUGAUGCUGUUCGCAUAAUUGGAAUUCAGAAGAAAGCCAGUGAGCCCUUGGGUGUUACCUUUAGGGUGGAGAAUGGCGAGUUGGUAAUUGCAAGGAUUCUUCAUGGUGGCAUGAUUGACCGGCAAGGUCUUCUCCAUGUGGGGGAUAUCAUUAAGGAAGUCAAUGGAACUGAAGUUGGGUCUGACCCAAAAGUACUGCAAGAAAUGUUGAUGGAUUGCAGUGGUGGAAUUUCGUUUAAAAUUUUGCCCAGCUACAAAGAAACUCCUUUGCCCUUACAGGUCUUUGUGAAAUGCCAUAUUGAUUACAAUCCAGCCAAUGACAGUUUGAUCCCAUGCAAAGAUGCAGGAUUGAAGUUUUCCAGAGGAGACAUCCUUCAAGUUGUGAAUCGAGAAGAUCUCAACUGGUGGCAGGCUUUCCAUAUGAAGGGAGGAGAGAGUGCGGGCCUAAUUCCCAGCCAGAUGUUAGAAGAAAAGAGAAAAGCCUUUGUUAAACGAGACUGGGAUCUUUCACGGUCAUCUGGACCAUUGUGUGGAAUAAUAUCUGGUAAAAAGAAGAAAAAAAUGAUGUAUCUCACGACAAAAAAUGCAGAAUUUGAUCGUCAUGAAAUCAUGAUUUAUGAGGAAGUAGCCAGGAUGCCUCCUUUUCAGAGGAAGACUCUGGUGUUGAUCGGAGCUCAAGGCGUGGGCCGACGGAGUUUAAAAAACAGGCUCAUCGUAAUGAACCCCAUGCGGUUUGGAACAACAGUCCCGUUUACUUCAAGAAAGCCAAGAGAUGAUGAACAGGACGGACAUGCGUACAGAUUUGUAUUGAGAGCAGAAAUGGAAAUGGACAUAAAAGGAAGCAGAUACCUGGAACAUGGGGAGUAUGAAGGAAACCUCUAUGGGACCAAGAUUGACUCAAUCCAUGAAGUUGUUGACACACGACGAAUGUGCAUUUUGGAUAUCAAUCCACAGGCAUUGAAGAUACUGAAGACAGCUGAAUUUAUGCCGUACAUUGUGUUUGUUGCUGCUCCUGAUUUAGAAACACUUCGUGCUAUGCACAAAGCUGUCAUUGAUGCUGGAAUUACAACUAAACUUCUGACAGACACAGACUUGAAAAAGACAGUAGAUGAAAGUGCUCGAAUCCAGCGAGCGUACAGCCACUACUUUGAUUUGACCAUUGUCAAUGAUAACUUGGACAAGGCUUUUCAGAAGUUACAUACUGCAAUAGAAAAACUCUUUAUUGAGCCGCAAUGGGUCCCAGUUAAUUGGGUAUACUAAUGCAUUGAAGAUUAUUAUUUUUUUGUUUAUGUGAAUAAGAAUUGAAUAACAAUGUCAUAUUUGACGACACAUCAGAUGCAGAAGCAGGGAAGCCCUGCUUUAUCUCAUGCCUUUAUAUUCUUUCUAGGUUCUGUUUAUAGUACACUAUUUUGGCAUUUUAUAUAAAUAACUGAAGGGAAAGUGUUCUUAUAAAUGUAAUUUAUUUUAAUUUUUUUCUAACUUUUUACAGAUGGUGUUUGUACCCAUACAUAUCAAGUGAAGGAAAAUAGGUUGCAAACAACAUCUUAUUUGCCUUUGUAUCUAGUUUACAGACAUGUAUUCAAGUCUUAACCUUUUUUGAUGCAAAGUAAAAUUCUUUUUUUUCAGA